UGGACGGAUUUGUGCGUUUUGGAGAGAUUUCAGCGCGCUGCGCGUAAACUGCAGAGUUAUGGCUUUGUUUUUGGACCAGACAUGUGAUUAUGUUCAUAAAAUGAACGAAGACGGAGAAAUGGACUUUAUCUUCAACAAAUGCGAAGCUCGCUUUGCAGAUGCUGUAAACGAUCACGCACUGUCUUCUCCGGAGGCAGAUCGGACUAUGCAACCGGAAGCACAGAGGAAACGGAAAAGGACGAUUUUCAGCCGCGCGCAGUUGUCGGAGCUGGAGCGCGCUUUUGUGAUCACUCCAUACCCCGACAUCACACUGCGGGAGAGACUCGCUGCUCUCACCCUGCUGCCCGAGAGCAAGAUCCAGGUGUGGUUUCAGAACAGACGUGCUCGGAGCAUCAAGAGUGGCAGACUGACCAGACCUAUGAAGAAAAAUCCAGUCACGUCUAAUUAUAACUCAGAAAUCACUUUCCCUCAUCCCAGUCCCACUCUUACAGUUUCUUCUGCUGCAGGCCAGAGGAACACACCUGAAGUUUACCAGUGGUCUAAUGCAAAUGAUAAACAGCAGAUAUCUGACCUGGACUGGGUCAGGCAAGCAUUGUGUCCCUGGUCUCAGAAUCAGCCCCAGCCUACACCUCCGGUCCCGACCAUAUCUCCUGACCUCCCUGGAGCGCUCCCCUGGGGAAGCCAGCCCUCGAAACCAGCUGGAAGUCACUAUGUCUCAAUGGAUCAGAUGACAAGGCCAAUGCAUUCCUUAUCCCAGCACCAGUGGAGCGAGUGUGCUGAGAUUGGCACCCAUGCAGCAUCAUCUGGAGGCUUCUCAGGGAAACCUCAGUGUAACAUUAAUCAGAGUGGGUAUACGUCUGUUCCCAUGGACCACUUAGUUCCUUCACACUCUGCACAAAGCUGCUGGCAGGGAAGCAUUCACAGACAGGGACAGGCCCUUAUGCACUACCCUCAGACUUCCCUAGGAGACAUCUCUGACCUGAUCUACAGUGCUGCUGUAGUCACCAACCUGGCCGACUUCUGACUACAACUGCUGAAUUUUCUAAUGAACUAAAAACAAUUCAUCUAACCCAUUCAACCCAAUCCUACAGAGUUUACAUAGUUUUUAUUAUUAAUAUACGCAACAUGGACCAUGCCCUGUCUAAGCUCUUUGCGAGCUUUUAUAAUAUCAAUACCAACAUUAUUCAGUCUUUAUA